CUCUAUCGUGCGACAUUCAGCUGUAUUCAGUGCUGUGAAUUGGUCUUUAACAAUCUUAUCUCAUACAAUGAUGUACAUAUGAAACGGAUGGGUGUGGCAAUCAUCUCUAUAUUAGCUGCCGAAAUUUCCACUGCAGGUCUGUUCGAUUUAGCCAAAGAGCGUCGUCGCAUUCAAUGUCUACUGAUGUAUGUUCCUGAAAAGUCUAUGGGUCUUCAUAUGCUCAGCUAUCUAUCCCCACUUCAAUGCCGCUUUGAGGGUGCUCCGAUUUUCAACACCACACUUCGAUUUACUCUGUCUGCGCUAUGGAACCUGACGAACGAGUGCCCGGAAGCAUGUCUGGGCUUUGUGGAAGAAGGCGGCUUGCGUAUCUAUGAACGCGUGCUUAAACGUUUUGCUGAUCAAGAAGAAGAAAUGAAAAAUCACGUGUACGCGAAAUGUCUCGGUUUGUUGAAUAAUGUGGCCGAAGUGGAUCAGACGCAUGAGACAUUGCUGGUGGACAGCCUCAUGGUUUUUUCUUUAAAAUGUUGCGUCAUCCGAUCGGUUUGUAGUUGGCAACCACCGAAAUCUGAAAUGGUUGCCUACCGAUCAUUUGAACCGUUUGAACAACUUUUGAUGCAUCCACAGAGUCGUUUGGAUGUGCAUCUAUGGGCUGUUUGGGCUAUUCAUCAUAUUCUGACCCGCAAAGAGGUGCGCUAUGUACCAGCCCUGUGUGAUUGUCGCCGUUUAUUGGAUUUCCUCCGGUGUGUGGUGUCGGUUGGCGAGACUGUUUUGUGCGCGAAUAGUGUCCCUCGCCUGUCUUGCCACUCCAGACCAGAUAACUCGACGGACGAGCCCAUGAUUACUGAUGAAAAAACUGGUACUUCUAGUUUCCCUGGUCAUCACUCUUCUUCCGCUGAAUCGCCCAUUUGGCAAGACGCAAUCGACACUGCUAGCUGCCUGGAUCCACCGUCUGCUGGAACUCAUUUGAAUCCUGGUUGUGCAGGGGACAGCCUAAGUGGAGCAGUAGUAGAAUCAGACUAUAUACCCCGGCGAUUGUCAAGUGCAAGUGUUAGUGGAAAUUCAGCCACCGGUCCUGGUGCACUAGAUCAUGUGGAACCGGUCGGACAGACAGCUGCCGGACUUUCCACUUCCGCUGGUCCAGAUAGUUGUCAAUUGGAAUGUGCACGUCUGAUACGCACUUUGGCCGCAGAAAUAGAGUAUGCGGUAGACCGUUACUUGUUGACGUCAGUUGGGGCUUGA